AUGGAUGCCACCACCUCGUCUCUGCUGCAUCCGCAGCCGGGGGAUACAAAGGAAAGCCUGACGACAAGGUACCGACACCUGGCUUCACGCCUUCACCCGGACAAAAAUCCGUCCCCCGCGGCGCACUCGCUCUUCAUCCGCCUGACCCAGGAGUAUGAGGAUGCUGUGCAGAAUGCUCCUUCAUCGAUCCCCGACACAGAGGCCUUGCAGCGACGGCUUAUGGAGUUGGAUGCGAAGCGACAGGCCCCCAUGCGCAAGAAAAAAGGCUGGUCCAUCAACAAGCCGAAGAACAAGAAGCAGGCACCUCGCAAAGUUCUGGCCAUCGAAGACGUUAAGCAGGCGGUUUGUGAGCCCGAGAAGGCAGGACUCCAGUCUACAUCAACAAGAAUCAAAGGCGAUGAUGCGCCUGCAGUGGUUCCUGCAGGAACCAGGAACAGGAAGGAAAAGCACGCCCAAUGGGAGCAGGCGCUGCUCACGCGUAAGGAAGCGCGGAAAUUCCUUGAGCGUUCCGCUCGCGAGGAAAGGGCGGCAGGAAGGCAGCAGGAGAAGGCGAACACCCAGUCGAGAACAAAGCAGAGGAGCUGGAGGAACGACUUCGGCUAUGAGGCAUGUCCGUGCUCCACGGAAGUGCCAAAGGAGAUACGCCAUCGGUUCGCUGGUAACACCGUGGAGGUCGGUGCAGUCUCUGAAUCGGAUACGGACUCCAGCGAGGAGGUUUGUCAUGUGGCUGCUGAUUUGCUGCUGCCGGACGAGGAGGAUGUGCCUGACGAGGAGGUGCCUCGAAGCAGCCCUCCGUCCAAAGCGACGUGCACAGGCAGGGGCUUCGUAUUGACGGCGGACCGACCGUUGACGGACCAGGAGGACGACGAGGAUGAGAAGGCUUCGGAGGAACCUCUGCUUGCGACACAUGAUGCAGGAGAUUGGUUCUCCUGGCUGGUAAGCAUUGUGGCAACAUGCCCAUGCGUCAGCAGGUGA